GCAAUUUACACGCAAUCUGUGUAAUUAGGUAUUUUUUUAUUUAUAUUUAAUAAUCCAUACAUGUGUCCAAACAUUCGAUGUAAUAGGGCGAAAAUUUUAACCGGCAUCUAAACAAGCCCUCAAUGCCAUACUCCCUCUGCCCCUAUAAAACACGAUCCCUAGAUUCCCAAUUCAAAAUUAGUAAUAAAAGUCAGAAAUACCCUCAUCAAGUACAUCCCUUAAUAAGGUUUACUAGUUGAAAGAGGAGAGAGAUUAAGCAUUUCUCGUGUGAACGGGAGCAGAGAGAGGCAGCAACAUUCAAUGUUUCUUGUUCUCUGCACAGAAAUUGUUUUAUACUAGGACAACUUAUUCACUCUUGUUUUCUUUAAGGAACAGAUAGUAGGAGUUUCUCAUGCCGAAAUUUAUAGAAGAAAAGAAUUGGCCCAGUUAAUAAGGGAAAUCGGGCCCAAAAACCGAACAAGCACGGUUAAUUAAACGGGAAACCGGCAAAAACCUAUAUAGAAAAGGAAAAGAAAGCAACUAUUGAGACCUCACAAAAGUCAUCGUUGCCGAGCUCACCAAAGGCAAGCAGCUUUGACAAGAAGAGGCCUACUAUAGUGUGUUGUGACUCGUGAAUUAAACAAUUUCAAUAUCCUUAGUGGAGCUAUCGCUCCGCUCCUUAAAAUUACGCUACGAGAGUCGCUCCAUCCUCAAAGUAAAUAUUAUAGCAAAUAGUUUGUAAGUACUAUUUUCUCGUUUUCACAUAACUUUUUUUUUAAAGUUAAACUUAUUUAAGUAUAAUCAAAUUUAUAAAAAUAGUAGUAAUAUUUCUAAUAUAAAAUUAGUAUGAUUGAAUCCAACAUUUGUUCUUUUGAAAAUAAUACUAUGUUUACCUAUAAAGUUACACAAACUUAAAUAAUUUGAUUUUGAAAAAAAAGAAAGAAAGAAAAGUCAAUACCUCGGUGAAGCGGAAGUAGUAGUAAGGUAGUUUUAGUUGCUGCAACAAGUAGGAUGGAACUGAAACGUUUUAGGAUUAGAUCUCAUCCAUGCGUUUAGUUUGAGAUGGGAUCAUGGGAUGAAGUAGACUGCAAUUAACGGAAAUAUGGGAUUAUCCUCCAUGGAAAUGCCUUUCUGUUCCCAUGCCAUUUAAGCUAACAGGGUUAACGUUUUUCUCAUCCCCUCAUAGAAGAAUUCACGAGGAUCACGUUCCGUUAUAUGGAGUAGCUUGUUCAAUUAAUCCAAUCCACAAGAAAAAGGGAUUGACGAGAUUAAUUCCACACUUCAAUCGCUAUACCGUAUCCCAUGCACCACAGCGUCGUAGUGAUCCUAGAUCGAUCUUGCGAUUCAUUGCUUUGUCAGGAUGUACUCCUCCAAUCACUGUGGAGCUCAAGCUCCUCCUUGCCACCACCGCACGCAAAACCAUCGAAGAUGGAGGAGAUGGUGGCAUCGAUGGUUAAGCAGUUGCCGAGUAGCUUACCUCCACGGCCACGAGCACAUCCUCUCCAGCUUCUUAUCCUCCGACACGAUCAUGCCGCCCAGUGUGCUUGGUGCCUACUCGAUUUAAGGCAAUUGAAGACGACAUCGAUCUUCUUCUUGUUGGUCGUCUCCAUGCACGUUGACGCCCCUGGACGCCAGUGAGGUAGUGAGAUUGAACUGUAAUGGGGCGUGCACUGCACUGCACAAUGAUCACCUUAGCUUGCAAGCGAUGGCUGCCGGCUUGAGUGUGCACUCGUCGGCCGCCCUCUAGAUCUAGAGUCGUCGGUUGUCCGUCGAACUCCGCCCCGCCAUAUUGACGAUAAUGAUGAAGCGCCCUAAGGGUGGCGAUGAGGAAGGAGGAAGAGAAGAGGGAGAGAGGAAGGAGGGGAAAAAAGAAGAUAUUUUUUUUGAUUUUUUUAAAAAAGGUAUAAUUGGAAUUGCCACUGUACACUCCCCGUUCCCCAGACAGGGGCAAAACUGUCAUUCGCUGAAGUAGCCUCCAUCACGCCGGCAUGCCCGCCGCCGCCGGCGAGCAAUGGAGUCAAGUAAACCGCCGCCGUCCGCCUUCGUCGACAACCACAUGUCCAGGGAGUGGCAUACAUUCGUUUGGGCUCCAUGGAGGCCGCAUUGCUGCCGUCUUCUACCUUAUUACCCAAACUCGUAGAACUGUCCUGGUACCUUUUGCUAAAGGAAGAUAUUAGGGUCAUCAGAUCAGGAGGAGGACACAAGAUUACCUUGGCUAAACAAGAUCUACAGGAACUACAGAAUUGCAUCAACAAGGCUUCAUUUUUCUUGGCUGGAACUGGAAGGAUCAAUGCCCAGAGUUGGCAAACGUCGCGCUUGCACACCUGGAUCAGUGAUGCCCUGAAGGCCGCCUCUUGCUUGGAAGAUCAGAUCGCCAUGUACGCAAUGCGUGGUGUUUAUGUGGGACAUUUAUAUGCGAUGAAGUCGGCUAUUGGGAUGUUGUCAACUGACAAACUUGUGAAAAUCAUCAGAGACCGAAAAAACGAGAUGCCGACUGAGGUGCAAAAUUAUCAUCAAGAAGUGAUGGAGCGGCUUCCUGCAAUCCUUCCUUUCACCCCACAUUCUCAUUGUGAAGAACAAGAUACAGUACCAAUUGGAUUUAUGGAAAAAAUUGAAGAAUUGAAGAAUAUAUUGUUGCGAGAUGCUGCUCCAGUGAUCUUUGUCAGUGGAGAGCAGCUCUCAGGGAAGACUACUCUCAUGAACCAGGUGUAUAAAGACAUCGAUGUCAGGAAUCAUUUCAAAAUACGUUCCAAGGUCGACAUGUCAAAAACUAGAUGUUUGAGUGACUUGCUGCGGGCUGUGCUGAAACACGAAGAGCGUGAGACAAACUCCAUGUAUCCCGAUGCCAUUGAUGAAUUGAAGAUAAUUGAAGAGAUCCAGCGUACCUUUCGGACUGUGGGCAAUCGCUACUUGAUGGUGAUGGAUGAUGUCGACGAUACAUCUUCGCUGCAUGUUUUACGACAUGUCCUAGGAGGAUGGGAGGGGAAGAUUGUGUGCCUGACCAGGAACACACGUAUACAGUACGAAGAGUUGCAUGCCAAGGUUGAGAUUCGCCCUCUUGAACUGGCUUACCAACAGCAGCUACUGGUGCAUGUAGCUUUUCGCAAUGCUGAUGACACCCCUGCUCCUGUGGCCGUCGAUAGAAACAAUGAUGGGCAGCAAGGAGGAGGAGAAUACGAUCAACUGGAAAAGGCUCUCAAGGGGAAGACAGAGACAGAUAACAUCGAUGGAGAUGACUUGACGCCAAUGGUGGAGACUCUGAAAGGCAUCUUGAGGAAAUGCAGAGGCAACCCGUGGAACAUACGGGCCGUGGGAGCGUUGCUUGGUGCUAAUCGCGUCGAUAAAUGGAAGGAAAUCGAGGAAAACCAAGUUGAUGAUUUGGUAAUAGGAGAUAAGAAGCGUGAUCCACUCAUACCAGCAGAGUAUGCCCAACUGCCCGCUGACAUCCGGCUCGGCUUCUUGUACUGCCUGGCUUUUCCAGAGAGAUCAGAAAUCCCUGAGAAUUCAUUGAUCCCUGCACGGAAGCUUGUGCGCCUCUGGACGGCAGAAGGCUUCCCACCGAACGACAGCCCACUUCAGAGCCAAGAGCAAGAGGCAGAGAACCUGCUACAAAGACUCAUUGACUACAAACUGCUCGUGGUGAAGAAAACAGGCUUGGAUGGCGAGGUGCUGAAAUGCAAGGUCAACGAGCACAUGCGAUCCCUGGCUCUGGAAAUGUGUGAGGCACAGAAAAUCUGCAGAUUUGCACGGGACCCCGCUCACCCGGCACCCCGAACCAGACCCAGCUCGAGCUUGUUCAGCAGAAAGACAGCACUGUUGCACCGCUACCGUGUACUCGCUGUGCAUGGAGAUGGAGACGGCAAUGAAGCUGUCCAAGAAAUGUCUAGUGCGAUGAGUAAAGACAUUCGGCUGCGCUCCCUGCUGUAUUUCAGAACCGAGAGGAAGGAGCCUCCCAAGCUUGAGCUGUCAUUUGGUCGGACGUACAAGCUUCUACGCACGUUGGAUCUUCAGGGAACUCGGCUCACCCGCUUGCACUCCAGUAUCACCUGCCUCGUUUGCCUGCGCUACCUAGGCCUGCGAGGAACACAGCUGGAAUAUCUCCCUGAAACUCUGCAGAGCCUCCGCCGCUUGAUGUGCCUCGAUAUCAGGGACACUGGCAUCACAGAGGUGAACGAUGUGUCUGAAUUUAAAGAGAUGAGGCAUCUCUAUCUUGCAAACUCCUUCCGCGACCAGUCCGUGCUCAUCAAGGAAGGCCUGCUGUCGCUGCUUCAUCUGCAGACGCUGUCAGGUGCAACACACGAGGUGCCUUCUGAACGAAAAAAGGCAGGCAUGGUACCUUUCGAGCAAGAACUGCUAUACCUCAAGCUCCUUAGGAAGCUAUCAGUUAAGAAGGCAUCAAUCUCAUGCAGCAAAGGCAUCUCUGAUGCAAUCAACAAGAUGGACCUCCUACAAUCGCUCACUAUAACAUGUGCUGCUGGUGAGAAGAGGGGGUUCAAUUUGAGUUAUCUAAAUGUCAACAAGAAUCUCCGUAAGCUGAAGCUUGGGGGUCGUAUGCAGAAAUUUGACCGUCUACAACCAAAGCUUCAAUCCAUAACAUACCUCUACCUCUGGGACAGCAAACUGCCAGUAGAAGGUAAAGAUCCACUACAGCUUCUGCAAGGCCUUCAGCAGCUUCUCCUCCUCUCGUUAUACAACGUCUACGAAGGGGAGAAGUUGACUUGUACCAAUGGCUACCACAAACUGAAGAAGCUGUCCAUCAUCGCGAUGGGAAAGCUCAAUGAGUGCACGUUUGGCACCAAGAACAUGGCAAACCUCGAGGUGCUUGUUUUUGCUAAAUGUGCAAGACUCAGCAGCCCGCCGCCGAAGCUUGAUGAACUAAACUUCCUCCGGGAGGUGCAUUUGGCUCAAAUGCCUCAAGGAUUCUAUGACGGCAUGAAGCCAGCAACCAAGAAGCUCGUGCAUUUUCCAGAGUUCCAGCACCACUUCCACUCGUCAACCAGAGCUGUCGUGCAAGGGGGAAGCUAAGCCAUAAUCGCCGAUCCGUUCGCUUCACUCACCACAGGCUUCUGUUUCAGUGCUGUAAUUUCCGGCCAGCUUCUAGUCACAGCUUCAUCAGUUCGGUGUGGCCGUCAGAUAUAUUUGCUGUGCAAGUUCUGAAUAUUUACCGUUUCAUAAAUCAGAGUUGAGUGAACUACUUUCAAAAUAAAUUUAGUCAUCAGUGAACUACGUCCAUAUAUGGUGAGAUCCCUGCCCGCCCUCGUUUACUGCUGUUUCAAUAAGGCUGUAUGUUUUCACAAACAUGGUGUUAAUGGUGAGUGUUUUUUCUUAAAAAAAAAUUGGCAAUGGUGACCAAUUGGUAA